AGAGAGACAGACAGAGAGAGAGACAGACAGAGAGACUGGAGCAGACUGCCGGUGGAUGUGUGAGUGUGUGGCCGGGCUGCGGUGGAUCUGUGCCGGCUCCGCUGUGAAUGGGAUUACGCCGGUUGUUCCGUGUCUCCUGUCGGUGCUGCUGGAGGAAACAUGCGGCUGCAGAGCUUCCCGGUGUCCUCGGUCCUCCUCCCGCUGCUGCUGCUGCCGCUGCUCGGGCUCUGCAGCGGCACAAGUUUCCCAAGUAACAUCAACAUAGGAGGCCUUUUUCCCACCGGCUCCCAUGAGUACGAGGUGUUUCGUUUUGCUCUGGCGCAACACCAGGACGUCCCCAAACUGGUGCCACAAGUGGACAUGGUGGACACGGGGAGCAGCUUCGCCAUGACCUACGCCUUCUGCUCCCAGUUCUCCAAGGGCGUGUACGCCAUCAUGGGUCUGUACGACCGGCGGACGGUCAACAUGCUGAUGUCUUUCUGCGGCUCUCUGCACGUCUGCUUCGUCACGCCGUCCUUCCCCGUUCACACCAACAACCAGUUCGUCCUGCAGCUGCGGCCCCAGCUGCAGGAGCCCCUCAUGGCCCUGCUGGAGCGCUUCGAGUGGACCAGGUUCGUCUACAUGUACAGCUCCAACUCAGGUCUGUCGGUUCUGCAGAGGAUCUUGGACACAGCGGCAGAGCACAGUUGGCAGGUCACCUCCGUUAACUUGGACACGCUGACAGAAGCCGCCUUCAUCAAGCUGCUGGCAGAUCUGGACUAUAAGAAGGACUUUCAGAUCAUCAUCGACUGCGAGCUGGAACGACUCAACUCCAUCCUCAACCUGAUUGCUGCUCAGAGGAGAAACUUGAAGAACUACCAUUACGUCCUGGCCAAUCUGGGCUUCAUGGAUCUGAACUUGACGGAGUUUCAAAAGCUCGGGCCCAACGUGACGGGCUUCCAGCUGGUGAACCGGUCCGAUCCAGCUGUGGAGAAGAUCAACCAGGACUGGCUGGACUUCGACAGCAAAGACCUCAAACUGGCCCGCAGGAGGCUCAAGUACACCGGAGCUCUGACCUACGAUGGCGUCAGCGUCAUGGCGACGGCGUUUCAGAACCUGCGGCGGCAACGGAUCGACAUCUCUCGCCGUGGCAACGCCGGGGAGUGUCUGGCAAACCCUCCCGCCCCCUGGGGACAGGGCAUCGACAUACAGCGAGCACUGCAACAGGUGCGUCUGGAGGGCCUGACGGGUUGGGUUCAGUUUGACGAGCGAGGACAUCGCACCAACUACACUCUGACUGUGAUGGAGCUCAGCCACACCGGACCCAGGAAGAUCGGCUUCUGGAACGAGAGGAGAGGCUACGUGAACACCAACAUCUACCGGCCGGUGGUGGAGGAGUUCCACGGUCUGCAGAACAGAACAUACGUAGUGACCACCAUCCUGGAAGCCCCGUACAUGAUGCUGAAGAAGAACCACGAGCAGUUUGAAGGAAACGACAGGUACGAAGGUUACUGCGCCGAACUGGCCUCAGAGAUCGCCAAACACGUCGGCUUCGUCUACCGGCUCGAGCUGGUGGGCGACGGCAAGUACGGCGCCCGAGACGCCGAAACAAAGAUGUGGAACGGCAUGGUGGGAGAACUGGUGUACGGGAAGGCCGACGUGGCAGUCGCCCCGCUCACCAUCACUCUGGUGCGAGAGCAGGUGAUCGACUUCACCAAACCCUUCAUGUCUCUGGGAAUCUCCAUCAUGAUCAAGAAACCCACAAAGUCCAAACCGGGCGUCUUCUCCUUCCUCGACCCGCUGGCCUACGAGAUCUGGAUGUGCAUCGUCUUCGCCUACAUCGGGGUCAGCGUGGUGCUCUUCCUGGUGAGUCGUUUCAGUCCUUAUGAGUGGAAGGGUGAAGAUGAAGAUGAUGAAGAUGAAACUCUGCCUUCCUCUGCCUCUCGACGAGCUCUGCCGACUUCAUCCUCUGAGCUCGCUCACUCUCCAGGGUACUCCCAGAACCAGAACCAAAACCAGAACCAGAACCAGCAGAAAGAAAAAGAGGCUCCAGAACACAGCAAUGACUUUGGGAUCUUUAACUCUCUCUGGUUCUCACUCGGGGCCUUCAUGCAGCAGGGCUGUGACAUCUCCCCCAGCUGUAGCAGAAGGUUCAUUUCUCAUAAGGACAAGACGAGCGCGCUCAGUCUGAGCAAUGUGGCGGGAGUGUUUUACAUCCUGAUCGGCGGGCUGGGGCUGGCAAUGCUCGUGGCUCUGGUCGAGUUCUGCUACAAGUCCCGGAUCGAGUCCAGAAGAAUGAAGGAGCUCAUCGAUGCCGCCAUGAUGAGCACCAGCCUCGGCGGGAUGGCGGGCGGAGGAGGAGGUGGAGGAGGAGGCGCGGCGGGCGGCGGUUAUGGAGGAGGAGCGUCGGGUCUCGGAGGCGAGAACGGCCGCGUGGUGGCGCACGAUUUCCCGAAAGCCGGAGCUCAAGGUUUACCCUGCAUGGGCAAAGCUGCCGGCCUGGGACUGUCCUCCACGGGCAUGUGAUCAAAACACAGAUGCCUGAUUGGACGGAGCGUUCCCGCCUGCCUGCCUGCCUGUCUGUCUGUAGGGAAAGAAAGGAGAAGGAAGGGGAUGGAGGGAGAAGAGAGGAGAUUUAAGUACGGAGAAAUUGAGAGAAAGCAGGCAGGAGGAGUGUUCAUUUUUCCCCGUGACUGGACUCUAUAUACAACAGAACUCUGAUGAACAGAGAGCACCUGAACACAACACCUGGGCUGAGUCGACGAGCUCCUGCAAGACAAGAAACUGGGCUCAACGACCUACAAACACUGAAAUUCUACUUUUUCUAUGAGCGCUGUCUUAAACUUAACUCCUCCUCUUCUGCAAUAAUAACCCAGGAACAGAGGAAGGACUCGUUUUUAAAAAAUUCUUAAUUAUUGCACCCGCUCUUCUUCUUUUCCUCAAUCCGCCCCUUCACCUCUCCUUCUCCUCCAGUUGGGCAGUAACACCAAAAGCUUCGUCACUUUCACACUAAAUGCCACUUUCGUAUCCGCGGGGGGUUGAGGAAGUGUGAGCAUGUAAACAUUUUAAAGCAUUUCCACACACGGACACAAUGAUACAGUUUCAGUGUGAAGAGUUUCCUGCUUUUUGUUUGUACAUUUUGUGGCGAAUGUACGCUGAUGUCGUUAGAGGUCUUCAGAGGUCCAAAAAACGUUGGACCCGAUCUGAAAUAUACCCGACCCGAAGACAAUAAACCAGUCAACCUUUAUAGACCCAAACAGAGAGAGAAGACCACAACCUGCAGUAACCUAAUCCAUGUAUCACAAUAUUAAAGUAACUUGAUUACUUCCCAUUACUUUUGGAUUACGUCAACACCAAAUAAAGACAAGAGAAAUCAAUAUCAGUAAGAAGCAAUGAUGUAAAUGUGUUCUGUAACAAUCAAAGGAAAUGGAAAGAUGUUUAGCAUCAACGUGUCCUCUGCUCCUAUAUUUUUAAAGAAUUGUAAUCCUGCGAAAUAAUCCCCAUUUUACUAAAUUUAACUGUAAUCUGAUUACAUCUUUUUCUGUAACUCUAGUGGUUUACAGUUUUGGUAUCCUGAUUACAUAACUCAGUUACAUGUAAUCAGUUACUCACCCAAAGCCCAAGCUGAACAAACCAUCAAUUAACACAGAAAGUCAACUAAGUCCAAAAAUGGAAUCAGUUUAAAUGUUUCAAAGACAGAGAUAAAUAAACACAAAUACAUUAAUAACUAAAGUUCUGUUUUCACCUCCUGCGAGAAAAAUAAUUCUGUGAUAAAAGAUUGUCAUUAAUUUCGGUGUCCACCAACUAUAAUACCUGCUCACCGCCUCCACCAUAAUUAGCUUUUAUCACAAUACAGUCGGACAAAGGACGCUACAAUCAUCACAUGACGUAAAGGUUGAUUUAUAGUUGUUCGUAGGCUCUACAUCGUGGCCUUCACAAGUUAUCUUCUCUGUUAUGAGUGUGUGUGCUGGUAUGUCUGCAAAUAACGCCGCCAAAACGCUAGUCAAUGGAGGGUUUCCUCCCUAAUCUCUCGCCGCGUUUUCCUCGUUUUCAGACGAGUGAGGCUGAACAAGCUCUGUAGAUAUCAUUAUCAGUGUUAGAUGGAUUACAUUAACGGAUUACUCUCUUACGUAACAACGAGUAGUCAUCCGCUCCACGUGUGUUUGAUGACUGGAUAUUGAAUCAUCGACGUAAAAUGUUUAAGUCACAACUGGUACAAAGGUCACAAAGGUGCCUUUAAACAACUGCAACGCCUCCACACUUCUGUUUAAAACAAACAACAGUUUUUGUUGGUUUAGCCUCGGGAAGUGCUCGCAGUGAAUCCUCCAACUCCUCCAAAACUGACCCGAAUGAAGGGUUACCAACCAAAUGUAGGCAAAGCUAUCGAUGGCUAACUAAAAGCAGACACAACGUGCAGUAAAGAAGACUAUGGAGCUAGCGGGAGGUAGUAGAGGCUUACCUACCUGGAUUGUCCCAUUUUCAAGCUAGAUGUCCUGAGUCCUGACAAAUAACAAAUCUGUAAAACACUUAAAUGUCCUUUUUUCACAAAAAUAAAAACAAUAAUUAUUAAAAAAUAUUUGUUUUUAUCGCUUAUAAAGUUGAUGUAAUGCACCACGUUUCUGAAUUAUCCUUCGCAGAGCACCCAGGGACAAAAUUGAUGCAUUCAUGGCGUCUAUGGUACUGAAAGGUGUGCUCAGUAGGUGUCCUGAGAGCUGAAAUAAUCGGCCAUCCUGGUGAGACUACCUAUGGUUUGAGGUUUGGGGCUUGAAAAUAUUUUCACCGGAGGCUAUUCACUUCACUUCGGGCUUCACUGAGCAAGCUAACGGAUCCUACAACCAUCUGUCUUCUGAAUGCAAGAAACAGUCCAUCAAACUCCUGUUACGAUAAUGAACAAAUGCUCAUUUAUCUAAGAAAUAUUAUAUAAUUACUGAGUUUCAAAUAGUAAUCCUUAUACUACUACUUGCCGGGGGAAAAAAAUGAUUGCAUAACUGUAACUUUUUACUAAGGCUGCCCUCGACAAAUCCCAGUGGACUGAACGAUACAAUGGAUGAUGGAUAACAAUAACAGUUACAGACUAAUUAACUGGCUACAAACUGGCUCCUCUUCCUCCGUUUCAUUCUCUUCUCAUUGACUAACGAUUAAGUGGACUAUUAGGGGGCAGCCCUGCUUAUUACUAAGUAAUGCAUCACUGGCCGACAGUCAUUAUCACGAACCACAGCAUCAGAGAUACACAUUGGUAUUAGACACACUACCAUAACGGCUCAAGCAUAAUUUGGACCCGUCUCAGUUCAACAGAGCCGAGUGGACCCGUGAAGACCUCUAAUUGGUGUUUUCUCCGCCACAAUAUUUACUGCAUUAUGCUGCUAAUACGAACUCAACACUACACAUAAUGAUAAAAUAAGACAAUAACACUUCAGUUAAGUAAUCUGGAACAACGUAAUGUUAAAAAUAACAUAAUUGUAUUGAAUUAGUUAAAUUAAAGCAAUGGAAAUGUACAUUUUGCUGAGUUGUACAUUAUAUAACAGACACCAGGAGUUUAUCUGCCCUCAUUUUCCCGCCUUUAAAUGUUGCUGGGCAACCGUGCCCCCGACUAUUAUUUGAGAACCAGCUCUUAUUUGAGGAAACCCCAUUUUCAGAGCCCCCAUUUGCUCUCAAUGCUGCUGAAAUGAUCAGAACGAGACAUGUUUACGAGUUAAUUCAGAGGAAGAAACUGCUGUUAAACAUAUUGGGGUGAAUCUUCCUUUAAAUCUGAGGUUUUGUGGACGUUUGUGAAACGUACAGUUUAUGUGAAUCUGCUCUACCGUGUGGUUUAAACGACAAAUCUCAACGCGUUGUGGCUCCACUGGUCACGUGUUGGUCGAACGGCUGCUUCGGUUGAGUUCUGGUUGACGUCACAUUUCUUCUGUAUUUUCUCGUCCGUGUUUUCUGAACUGAACACAAGCUCUAAGGUAUUGCAGCAGAACUUUUUAUACUCCGAAACUGAACAAAAAUCAGGAAAAUCGUGUUCACAUUUGUAUGAUAUGAAUGAUACACGUGCCGAGCUACACUUGUUUGUCUUAAUAAUGUUAUUUUUAAUUGUUCAUAAUUGUCAUCAGUUUAUAAUGAUUUUGAUUUUGUUGAUUACAUUCGGAUCAGUUACU